UUAAAUAUUCAAAACAAACUUACCGUCCGCCGCCGCCGAGAGAGUGGCCAACAGUUGGACGACUUUAUAGGGCUGUUGUUGAGGGCCAAACCCAUUACUAGUAAAGGUAAGGCCGCCGAAACCGGUAGUACCGAAACGGACGAGAGUCGCGACUACGAGGGCCACCAUAUUAAUGACGGUGCUGAAAGCAAAGCGAUCGAGAAACAAAUUCUUGACAUUUCAAAGGACAGGGAGGGAGACAAAGAGAUCGAGCCGUUGACCGACGAGGAGAUAAUCGGGAAUUCGCUGUUUUUCUUUAUCGCCGGCUACGAGCAGAUGGCGGCCACUCUUUCCUACCUUACGUAUGAGUUGGCCCUAAGCCCAGGUGCCCAGGAAAAGCUGUACCAGGAGGUGAGUGCCGCCGCCACAGUUACUAACCCGGGCUCAAUCACUGACAACAACAAAAACAACACAUCCACCGAUCACUUGGAAAUACCGUACGACGUGUUGGCCACUCUACCCUACCUCGAUGCGGUCAUAUCGGAGUCGAUGCGCAUACACUCGUCGCCUAUGAAGUUGCGCCGAUACGCGAUGGACGACUACGUGCUGCCGGGCACGGGUGGUGUGCGUGUGCUAAAAGGCCAGGAGGUACAGAUACCCACCCACGGCAUACACCACGUGGACGAGUAUUUCCCGGAUGCAUCCCGUUUCAUACCGGAGCGUUUUAUGCCAGAAAAUCGGCACAAACUGACGCCCUAUACGUACCUGCCGUUUGGUGUGGGCCCGCGUUACUGCGUGGGAAUGCGUUUCGCACUAAUGGAGGUGAAGUACGCGUUGGCCCAUAUUGUGCGCCGGUAUCGGUUUGCCCGGAGCCCGGAGACAGCUAUGCCGCCGCCCGUCCAGAAGCACCCGCUAUUAAAGAUACCACAAUCGGUGUGUUUGGCUAUUGAGCGCCGGCAUUAA